UACAGUGACUGGCACCUACAGGCAUCCUCGAAUUCUUGAUCAAAUGACAACCAUUUCAUCCAUUUUCCUCCCACUACCAAAUACUUAAUUUCCACGCGUCGAUUUACAUAUCUACAACGACACAACGCUUUUCGACCAUGCACUGCUGAGUUUCUUACUGGUUCCGUAGGCGGAGAAACGUAUCUUUGUCCGGUUGUCUCAACCCGACAACAUGGCUGGAGGCACCGGCCAAAAGUUUGGGACGGCCGCAACCAUUAUUGCUGGUGUAUUUUCUCUGGCGGCUACUUUGAUGUCUAUUGUUUCGAUAUGGCUCCAAUUAAAGAAUUACCGAAAACCACUGCUACAACGAUAUGUCGUGCGAAUAUUGUUGAUGGUCCCCAUAUACUCUAUAAGUUCUUGGGUUAGUAUGGUAUCUUUGGCCUCAGCCGCGUUUCUAGACCCAAUAAGGGACAUAUAUGAGGCUUUCACGAUCUAUACUUUCUUCCAACUCCUAAUUAACUACCUCGAUGGCGAACGAGCCCUUAUAAUUAUGGCACACGGUCGUGCACCUGUACACCACCUGUGGCCAUUAAACCACGCCUUCCCGAAAGUUGAUAUAUCCGACCCCUAUACUUUCUUAGCCAUAAAGCGAGGCAUCCUUCAAUACGCAUGGCUUAAGCCCAUCUUGGGUGUCGCCGCAAUCAUUAUGAAGGCCACAGGAAUCUACCAAGAAGGAUACAUUGGGGUGUCUUCAGGCUACCUCUGGAGUGGCAUUAUCUACAAUAUCAGCGUGACCGUCAGUCUGUACUCGCUGGGUCUAUUUUGGGUCUGCAUGCAUAGAGAUCUGGUGCCAUUCCGGCCCGUGCCCAAGUUUCUCUGUAUCAAACUGAUCAUCUUCGCCUCAUACUGGCAAGGAUUUCUCCUUUCCAUUCUGGUUUGGCUUGGUGCCAUUCCGGACAAUGUUCAGGGGUAUACUCCGGACAAUCUCGCUGCUGCAAUUCAGGACGCUUUGAUCUGUUGCGAGAUGCCCGCAUUUGCCGUGGCACAUUGGUAUGCCUUCUCCUGGCAUGAUUACGCUGACAACACAAUUUCUUCUGCUAGACUACCUGUCAAAUAUGCAGCAAGGGAUGCUUUUGGUGUUGUCGACCUUGUUGAGGACUCCAAACAGACUUUCCGAGGCGAUCAGUACAGUUACAGAGUGUUCGAUUCUAGCGGGAAAAUCAUUGCCCACGAAGAUUCUACAUCUCGAUUCGCAAGAUUGAAAGACGGUAUGAGAUAUAAGCGAGGUGGUGAAGCAAAAUAUUGGAUUCCCAAACCCGGGGAAGUUAGGGGAGAGAUGAGUGCGAAUACACCGCUCUUAAACAAUGAUGGGGGUCCAAGUGGUGCUAGCGACCCCACGCCGAAGUAUAGUCACGGUUCUACAGAAGAGACUCCAUUGGAUCCCGACGACGAGAGCCUCUACCACAAGGCGCGAGACCUAGAGUUUGGAGAUUGGAAUUAUCCUGUUAUUACAGCAAAUGUGCCGACGAGAGAGCGUUGGCUCGCUAGGCAGCCAGUAUAUCAAUCGAGUACUGGGGCUUGGCAUGCCAGCCGAUCUCACUCAACACAAAGCAUCAGCAACAGACCUGCAGCUCCGACGUCUCCGAGUGCCCAGACAGUGGUCAGCAAAAAGAAAAAGAAAAAUAAACAGAAGCAACCCAAAGCCACACCUAAAUCUCCUCCAGAACCAACAGCUAUCGCUGCUGAGGAAGCACAAUCAAAAGGGCCCCUCGGCGCUCCAGUUCUCUCAACAUCGGAUCCCCAGAUUUUAGAAGAAGAGGCCGAGGAAGAAGAUCCCACAUUUAAAGUAGGAGAUGCAACACCCGACGAAGUCACCCCUGGAGGGCAACAAAACGGGCAAUGGGGCGGCGACGGAGCAGGGCCUGGCACAACAAGUCCAAUUUUCAAUACCGGCAACGAGGACGAGUUUCGGAAUGUUUGGGACAGCGAUCGCUUGUGAUUUGCAACUAGCUAGUUCUGCACUGCUCUUUAAUGUUUUUUGCGCCGUUAUUAUUAGAUACCCUGGAUUUUUCGCAUACGGCUAUUCCAUGUUGGUUUUGUACGGAGCAUACUGGUGUAUUUAUGCUUUCAAAACAUCAAGCAAGUUGAGAAAAUUGUUGUUUCUAGCCGUGUGAUUGAGUAUAUGGCGUCUUCGACCGCGGUGCGUAAGGUAUUUAGAUACCUUCGAUGAAAUAAAUCAACCUAAUCAAUCAAGAGAACUAAAGCACUAUUUAAAAUGU